AUGGGAUCAUCUGAACAGGAUCUAGUGCUACUAUCUUCGGGCACUUUGUUGAAAUGGACUAAUUAUAUCAAUGGAUGGCGAGAACGGUUCUUCGAGAUAAAACAUGGUCAACUUCUCUAUUACGCCAGCAAAGCCGACCAAGGAUCCGGAUGUCGUGGCAGCAUUUCCUUGAAGAAGCUUGAAAUUAAUUUACACGAGUUCAAUGAAUGCGAGUUUUCUGUAUCGGUUGGAGACGUUGUAUGGUAUUUGAGGGCGGAAAACCCACACUCACGCAACUAUUGGAUAAAGGCUCUCACUAAAGAUUCUUGUGACUCAGACUAUAGCAGCAACACUACAAAGAGUCAUUCGAGGAACACUUCUCUCUCUUCACUAACACUGGGAAAUAAAUCGGAGGACCAAAACACGAUGGUAUCACGCAUUGCUGAAUUGGAGGCUUAUCGAACAAUGUAUCGUGAGCAGAUGUCUUCGAUUCGUCGGGAACUGCAACAAAUCGGCGUUCCACAAGCUAAAAUUCUGUCAAUAAAUGCAACACAUGUUGCUAUGCUUGAUAAUAUCAACCACAUAAUUCAGUUGGCCAAGAAUGAGACGAGUGAUUGUGGUGAUGAGUGGCAUGAUGCAGACGAACAUUCAUCACUUUCACUUGAUAGUGCUGAAGAGGCAAUAGAACGACGAACACCACCCGGUGUUAGAGCGGUUGUAGAAGUGGCCUCUGCUCCACAACAAAUGAAGAAAGCCGAGAAGAAGCAUGAGCGAACGCUUCUGUUUGGAGAUUAUGACAAUAUUUUGAUUCCAAGAACUCAUGUGUAUUACGAUUUAGUAGACCAUUUAGCCAAAGAGCAGCUCAGGUAUGCCUUAGCUGGCGUUGAAGAUAACAUAUGGACUCUUUUUGCUGAAGACGGUGCUAUGAAAAUGUACACUCGUGAAGAAACUGUCGAUGGUGGAUUGCCAGUAGAUCCCCUCAAAGCUGUUCAUCAAGUACAGGGUGUAUCUGCUCUUGAAUUUAUGCACUAUUUCUUCGACGAUAAGUACAAAAUGGAAUGGGAUCACACUCUCAACGGCAUGCAAGUGGUAGAAAGAGUUAGCCGUGAUACACUGGUCAUUCAUCAAAAGCAUAAAACGGUCACAUCGUCAUCUGGUAUCCGGGUUGGUCUAACGGUUUCCAUGAUUUGUGAGACUGUGAUAAGAAAUGAUAAAACGCCUAGCGAGCUUUCUCGAGAUGACAUUUUAUGCAAAAUUAUAUACGUUUCCCAAGUUCAUCCGGGAGGAUGGGUACCGACAGCGGCGUUGAGACAAGUCUAUAAGAGAGAGUACCCUAAAUUUCUCCGAACUUUCACGAGUUAUGUGCUUAAAAAUGUGAAGAACAAGCCUUUAAGUAUUUGA